AUGCCUCCUGGUCUACUGUCAGAGAGGCUGUUUCCCCCUGCAUUCAACAUGCCUCCUGGUCUACUGUCAGAGAGGCUGUUUCCCCCUGCCUUCAACAUGCCUCCUGGUCUACUGUCAGAGAGGCUGUUUCCCCCUGCAUUCAACAUGCCUCCUGGUCUACUGUCAGAGAGGCGGUUUCCCCCUGCCUUCAACAUGCCUCCUGGUCUACUGUCAGAGAGGCUGUUUCCCCCUGCCUUCAACAUGCCUCCUGGUUCCCUGUCAGAGAGGCUGUUUCCCCCUGCCUUCAACAUGCCUCCUGGUCUACUGUCAGAGAGGCUGUUUCCCCCUGCCUUCAACAUGCCUCCUGGUCUACUGUCAGAGAGGCUGUUUCCCCCUGCAUUCAACAUGUCUCCUGGUCUACUGUCAGAGAGGCUGUUUCCCCCUGCCUUCAACAUGCCUCCUGGUCUACUGUCAGAGAGGCUGUUUCCCCCUGCAUUCAACAUGCCUCCUGGUCUACUGUCAGAGAGGCGGUUUCCCCCUGCCUUCAACAUGCCUCCUGGUCUACUGUCAGAGAGGCUGUUUCCCCCUGCCUUCAACAUGCCUCCUGGUCUACUGUCAGAGGCUGUUUCCCCUGCCUUCAACAUGCCUCCUGGUCUACUGUCAGAGAGGCUGUUUCCCCCUGCCUUCAACAUGCCUCCUGGUCUACUGUCAGAGAGGCUGUUUCCCCCUGCCUUCAACAUGCCUCCUGGUCUACUAGAGGCUGUUUCCCCUGCCUUCAACAUGCCUCCUGGUCUACUGUCAGAGAGGCUGUUUCCCCCUGCAUUCAACAUGCCUCCUGGUCUACUGUCAGAGGCUGUUUCCCCUGCCUUCAACAUGCCUCCUGGUCUACUGUCAGAGAGGCUGUUUCCCCCUGCAUUCAACAUGCCUCCUGGUCUACUGUCAGAGAGGCGGUUUCCCCCUGCCUUCAACAUGCCUCCUGGUCUACUGUCAGAGAGGCUGUUUCCCCCUGCCUUCAACAUGCCUCCUGGUUCCCUGUCAGAGAGGCUGUUUCCCCCUGCCUUCAACAUGCCUCCUGGUCUACUGUCAGAGAGGCUGUUUCCCCCUGCCUUCAACAUGCCUCCUGGUCUACUGUCAGAGAGGCUGUUUCCCCCCUGCCUUCAACAUGCCUCCUGGUCUACUGUCAGAGAGGCUGUUUCCCCUGCCUUCAACAUGCCUCCUGGUCUACUGUCAGAGAGGCUGUUUCCCCUGCCUUCAACAUGCCUCCUGGUCUACUGUCAGAGAGGCUGUUUCCCCUGCCUUCAACAUGCCUCCUGGUCUACUGUCAGAGAGGCUGUUUCCCCUGCCUUCAACAUGCCUCCUGGUCUACUGUCAGAGAGGCUGUUUCCCCCUGCCUUCAACAUGCCUCCUGGUUCCCUGUCAGAGAGGCUGUUUCCCCCUGCCUUCAACAUGCCUCCUGGUUCCCUGUCAGAGAGGCUGUUUCCCCCUGCCUUCAACAUGCCUCCUGGUCUACUCUCAGAGAGGCUGUUUCCCCCUGCAUUCAACAUGCCUCCUGGUCUACUGUCAGAGAGGCUGUUUCCCCCUGCCUUCAACAUGCCUCCUGGUCUACUGUCAGAGAGGCUGUUUCCCCCUGCCUUCAACAUGCCUCCUGGUCUACUGUCAGAGAGGCUGUUUCCCCCUGCCUUCAACAUGCCUCCUGGUCUACUGUCAGAGAGGCUGUUUCCCCCUGCCUUCAACAUGCCUCCUGGUCUACUGUCAGAGAGGCUGUUUCCCCUGCCUUCAACAUGCCUCCUGGUCUACUGUCAGAGAGGCUGUUUCCCCUGCCUUCAACAUGCCUCCUGGUCUACUAGACGCUGUUUCCCCCCUGCCUUCAACAUGCCUCCUGGUUCCCUGUCAGAGAGGCUGUUUCCCCCUGCCUCCAACAUGCCUCAUGGUUCCCUGUCAGAGAGUCUGUUUCCCCCUGCCUUCAACAUGCCUCCUGGUCUACUGUCAGAGAGGCUGUUUCCCCCUGCCUUCAACAUGCCUCCUGGUCUACUGUCAGAGAGGCUGUUUCCCCCUGCCUUCAACAUGCCUCCUGGUCUACUGUCAGAGAGGCUGUUUCCCCCUGCCUUCAACAUGUCUCCUGUUUCCCUGUCAGAGAGGCUGUUUCCCCCUGUCUUCAACAUGCCUCAUGGUUCCCUGUCAGAGUGGCUGUUUCCCCCUGCCUUCAACAUGCCUCAUGGUUCCCUGUCAGAGAGGCUGUUUCCCCCUGCCUUCAACAUGCCUCCUGGUCUACUGUGA